AUGGCAGACUGGUCGUUACUUCCCAAAGACUUGUUAGAACGAAUCAAUGGUCAUUCUGAAACAUGUUUUGCAACUGUUCACUUUCGCUCUGUCUGCAGCUCGUGGCCGUCUGCCGUACCUCUGCCAGGCUCUAGGCCCGGCUUAGCCGUUAAUACCCUUCUUCCCAUAUUCAAUGACAACCCUCAGUUUAAAAGAGAUAAGCAUUGCAUACUAAAGAAGAUUCCAAUUUCCCUCAUGAGAUUCCAGACUCCCUUCGAUGAUGAUUAUUUGUUGGCUGGGGUACGCGAGGGUAAAUCAGGUAAGCAGAAGUUGUGGUCGCCAUUAGUAGAUUUUGGUUUGACAUCUAACAUAUGGGAUAGUUCUCAACACUAGUCCCAAAUCAUACCCUUGGGUCAUCACUACAAGGUUGGCUUUACGGUACAGUCGUACAUAGCACAUAAUGACAUGUUUCCCCAGAGAGUUGCGUUUCUUCCCCUGGAUAUUAAAGAUGACGGAGAUUUCGCAGUGUUAGCCGGAGUGUUGGGUGAAUUAAUGAUGUAUAGAAGCUGUGACAAGAGAUGGAUGAGACUCAAGGGUCUGUUUAGAAUUAGAUCAUAUCGAGAUAUGGUUUCAUUCAAAGGAAAGUUUUAUGUUGUUGAUAUGAGUGGACGAGGACAUGUCUUUGUCAUCGAACCCUCACUAGAAGUUAACGAUAUACUCGUCAAACAAUCUCACAAGUGUUUCGAGGAGAGACUGGUUGUCUCAGGAGACGAGCUCUUGCUGGUGCAGCAAUUUAAGCCAGGAGUGUAUGGUUGUGAACAUAUGUAUACGUGGUGGUUCAGAUUAUUUAGGUUCCAAGAAGUAGACGAAAAGAGAUGGGUUUGGGUUAUUGACUUAGAGGACCGAGCGUUGUUUCUUGGGUUUGAUUGGAAUCUUUGCUAUUCGGCAAAGAAGCUUCCGGGUAUGAAGGGGAACUGUGUCUACUUCAAUGAACUGAAUUUAGCCGACCAAACAAUCCUUGUGUUUGAUUUAGGAACCAGAAAGACUAGUAAGGCAUCUGAGUGGACUGGCGACAUAGGUGUGUUCAGCAAUAAUUAUCAAUCUCUGAUGGAAUGUAGAAUUCUAACGGAACCAAUUCCAUCAAUCAAUGUCUUUGAUGUAGACUCUGACGUAGGUUCUGAAUGA